AUGUCUGGACCGGUUAUUUUGUGUUCUUACUCAUGUGUUGGUAUUUGGUAUUACCGAACAACGAAGCAAGCAGGGAAUUCAUGCAAUUUGCAAGAUGCAUCAAGAAAGGUGAAAGAACAGGCAUCGAACCAGGCCACACCACAUGGGCCAACAAACUCCUCAACAUACUGCCCUAAUCCACCCCCUGGAUCUUUUUUGGGUCUGUCAUCCUCUGGGCCCAAUUUUAAUGGGCUGCCACGAUACAUUGACUUCACCAGCAAGGAAUUGAAUUUGGGGGCCAAACUGCCAUACUUGAAGUACUUGAGGUUCCUUCGCAAGCGAAUGAAUACCAAGCCUUCUCAUGGCCCCAUUCACUUUCGCACCCCUUCAAAGUUCUUGUGGAGAACUGUUCUUGGAAUGAUCCCUCACAAGACUAAGCGUGGAGAAGCUGCUCUUGCACGGUUGGAGGUGUUGAGGAUUCAGGUUGGGCAGAAGUUCGAUGGAACAAUUAUGAAACUAUCA